AUAUCACCGGCUGUGACUGAAUUAACCUGAGGAUUGUUUUGAAGAUGCUUAUGAUCGUAUUCCAGUGGCCUCUAAGAUGGACUUGCGCUCCUCUAUAGAUGAGUGUGCCAUGGCCCUCAACCUCUUCCUGAACAACAAGUUCUCUGAAGCUAUGGACCUCCUGAAACCCUGGUCUAAGAGCAGCAUGUAUCAUGCGUUGGGUUACAGUAGUAUUUUAGUGAUGCAGGCCGCCAUGACGUUUGAACACAAAGACAUUCAGACCGGCAUGACGACCAUCAAAGAGGCCUUACAGACCUGUCAGAGGUUCAGGAAACGUAACUCUAUGGUGGAGUCCAUAUCCAGCCUGAUGUCCAAACACUCACCUGACAGCCUCAAACUGGAGGAGAUGCAUGCUGAGAUCUGCUAUGCUGAAUGUCUUCUACAGAAGGCCACACUAACAUUUGUACAGGAUGAGAACAUGAUCAGUUUUAUUAAAGGUGGAAUUAAAAUACGCACAAGUUAUCAAAUCUACAAGGAGUGCCAGAGUGUGUUGAACAUGUCUCAGGGAGUGGGCGGAGACGACGAGGCCUUAAGACAGUUUGAGGGUGGAGUCAAGCUGGGGAUUGGCUCCUUUAACCUGAUGCUGUCUCUGCUCCCCGCACGAGUACUGCGACUGCUGGAGGUCAUCGGCUUCUCAGGAAACAGGGAGUUUGGUUUGUCUCAGCUGCGUGACGGUGCUGUCAAUCACAGCCUCAGAUCCAUCCUGUGUGUCCUCACGCUGCUCUUCUAUAACACAUACGUGUGUCUCAUACUGGGCACGGGUGAGGGGAAUCUGCUGGAAGCUGAAGCUCUCUUAGAGCCAUAUGUAGAGAAAUAUCCUCGGGGCUCCAUCAUUCUCUUCUACUCGGCCCGCAUCGCUUUACUGAGAGGAAACUUUGAGACGGCGGUGUUGACGUUUCAGGAGUGUAUCUCAUCACAGCAGCAGUGGCGUCAGAUUCAUCACUUGUGUUAUUGGGAGCUGAUGUGGUGUCACACGUUCCAGCAGCAGUGGACUGAAGCCUAUCGAUACGCUGACCUGCUGUGUCGAGAGAGCCGCUGGUCUAAAGCCAUCUACGUGUAUCAGAAAGCUGCCAUUCUGAGCAUGAUGUCAGAGGAAGAUGUGAAGAAGACCGGAGAGAACAUCGAGGAGUUGUUUAGGCAGGUGGAGGGGCUAAAGCAGCGAUUGGCCGGUAAGUCCAUCCCAACGGAGAAGUUUGCUGUGAGGAAAUCCAGAAGAUACUCGGCACCUGUACCUGUCAAACUGGUGAUUCCUGCACUGGAGAUGAUGUAUGUGUGGAACGGCUUCACUAUUGUUGGGAAGCGUGCAGACACCACUGAGAGUUUACUGAUCACCAUUGAGAGAGCUGAAGAACAACUGAACAACGACCCCAUCCGCUAUCACGUGACUCAAGCGCAAGCGCGCAGACGCAGCCCGCGAAAAGAAGAGGAGCAUAUGUGGAGUUUAUCACCUCGUGAGAAGAGAAUCCGUUAUGAUCAUUAUCUGAUUCCCUUCACUCUCUAUGAGUUGGGCUUACUGUCCAAACAACAGGGCGAUUACAUCAAAGCCACGCGAUACAUCGAAGAUGCCAAGUUAAAUUAUAAAGAUUAUUCCAUGGAGUCUCGACUUCAUUUCCGCAUUCACGCAGCUCUCAGCAGUCUGAAGAAUUCUCCCGCAAACUCGCCGUGA